GGGAGUUCCCCAAGUAAGAGUCUCGGCUUCCGGGUCAGGAUGAGUCUGAUUCACCUCACCGCAUUCCGUGAUACGCAUGGUUGUCUGUGAGAAAAAGAGAAACUCUCCUGUUCUUAAAAAAAACUCUAUUAAUGGACUUAUCGUAUUUUAAUUAUCCAUUAUAGUAAUCAACAGGCAGAUCGAUUCUCGAACCCGAACUGACCGAGUUAUUUUGAGUGGGAAGACAGUUUGUCCGUAGUGCGGGGGGAUUUGUUGAUUUCUCCGUGGGAGGGGAUCUGACCCUGUAUCAUAUCACUGGACGUCUGGAGGAAAGCCAGUUUUAAAAAGAGCCAGCUCACCGUAGCAUGGAAGAUGCCCGAUCGUGGACGGCGUCCCCCGAUCUCUCCGAUUCGUCAUCACGCCUGUCUUCAGACGCUGGGGAACCCCCUAACAAAAAACUCUGCGUAACUAAGCAACGAGGGUCCGUGAUGGACACCAAUGUGACGCUAUGGCAGUUCCUACUGGAGCUGUUGGUCGGGAACCAACACUCAGACAUCAUCCAGUGGACCAACACGGAGGGAGAGUUCAAGCUCAUCAACGCUGAGGAGGUGGCGAAACUGUGGGGACUGCGCAAAAACAAGCUCAACAUGAACUACGACAAGCUCAGCCGAGCGCUGCGCUACUACUACGACAAAAACAUCAUCAAAAAAGUGAUGGGACAAAAGUUUGUGUACAAAUUUGUGUCUUUUCCAGAGAUUGUUAAAACGGAAAACAAAAUUUCUUUCCAUGCGAUGAUGGAAAACAUGGCUAAAGGGCAAGGGUGUGUGAUGCCGCAUUUUGCGUCAUACGACGCUGCGCGGAUUAAGUCGUCUGCUAAUUUCGCGCUCAAUCAGGGUACCACUGCAGUGUCUACAGUAAAAACUGAAGCAUCUGCCCUCAGAAACUUCAGGUACGCAAGCGCGACCCCCACAUCAACGAUGGUGAUGUCUACAUCCGGGCCCCCGUCAGUAAUUUUAAUCAAAUCUGAGCCACAGUCAAUGCCAUCGCCUCCUCUUCCCAAAUCUUCAUCUUCGCCGUCGUCUUCCUUACAUCACCACAAGAUGUCAUCUUCAUCGACGACGCGCCCCAAGCCCACCCCCCUCAGUCUCCCUAUACACGACCCGUCUCCCUUGCCAACAAGCGUUCUCUCCAGCCUCGCAAUUCCAAGUCCGAAAGUCUCCAUGUCCACUGGCCUGUCUACCCCCCUGGUUCUGGCUAGCCCGGUGAUCGGCCCCAGGACGCCUUUCCUCCAUUUUUGGAGUUCUUUGAGCCCAAUAACAACGAUGAGUCCCCGCCUCGGCGGUUCCGCAUCAGCUUUUCAGUUCCCCACAUUCGCCACCAAUCACAUGACACUGUCUCCGAUGACGGCGACGUUUUCUAACGUCGAAUCGUUGGCUACACCCGCCUUGACAUCACCAACGAGGUCCAUUCCCUGUGUGUUAUGACCAUUACCGAAGUCCGAGCACGAUUUCAAAUUCUGAUCGGGCUCGAAAUAUUCUACGGUGCUAUGUUUGGGACCAAUAUUCCAAGUUUUGUUUUUGUUUUAUUUUAAAUCUUGAACAAACUACAAAGUGUUGAAGGUCAUAAUGAUUUUGAGAAAUUUUUCUCUCUCUUUUUUUUUUUAUGUGAUAUAAGCAUGAUUUAUUUUUGUACUGAAACAAAAGCAAUGAGUUGAUGUUUUGAGAAGUUCUAUUAUACUGUAUUUGCCUGCACCCUGGCGGUGAUUUUGUAUGGAAUUUAAUAGUCGCUUGAUUAUCAUAACACUGUACAUAUUGCUUAGAUUUUUCUAUGAACUUACUAAUGGUCAUCCAUAUCACUGAGUCCCAUGGAGUUAAAUUAUGUACAUACUUUAAUGAAUUCUUUUGAAUUGCAACCAA